AUGAGAAUCCUUUUCUACAGAAGAAAGAGUACAAAUAGCAAGCUGCAGAUGGGCACUUCCAGAAAAUCCCAGGAGAAGCCGCUCAUUCUUUCUCAGACCAAAGUUCAUCAUUAUCAGUCUCUCGUCCCCCCCCUCCUCCCCCGGCUGAUCUUAGACUGUUCCAGUCCGUUCGUUUGCACUUCCGAGUCCGAUUUCCCUGAAACUAGCUCGGUCAUGAGAGCCGCCAUUCUCUUCUUGGCUGUGGCCUUAAGCCUCGUGGGUAGCGGCGCUUAUGCGUCGAGGAACCGCACGCUGGAUGCCUUGGUAGCCGAGUCCAGCGCCAACAUCAUGGCGAUCCUCGAGGCGAGGUUGGCCGAUGCCUCGGCGACGUGCACAUCCCAGAACGUGGUCAUCCGCAAGGAAUGGCAAGUGACCCUUCUACCACGGGCCAGAGACAGAUUGGACGCUGACGGCAACGCAAAAUUGAAUGGCUGGUCUGCCAUCUCGUCUGCCGAGAAGCUGAGCUACAUUGCGGCCAUCAAGUGCAUGCAGAACAGCAGUGCCAUCACCCCCGUGUCCGCCGUCCCAGGAGUCCGCAGCCGCUUCGAUGACUUCGCUGCCCUGCACAUCAACCAGACCACGACCAUCCACUGGACCUCCGUCUUCUACGCCUGGCACAGGCAGUACACCUGGCUGUACGAGAAGGCCCUGCGCGAGGAGUGCGGCUACACCGGGUACCAGCCCUACUGGGACUGGUCGUCAACGAGCACGCACGCCGCCCACCCGCUCUUCGAUGGCAGCGAGACGUCCAUCUCGGGCAACGGCAAAGCCGUCGCCCACAGCAGCUACGUGCUGAUCCCCACGCCGACCGUCAUCAACUCCACCGCGACGUCCGGCACGGGCGGCGGCUGCCUGACCUCCGGGCCCUUCGCCAACUUCACCAUCAACCUCGGGCCCUUCGGCGCCCCCGUCCAGGACGGCUUCGCCUACAACCCGCGCUGUCUCACGCGCGACUUCCGCGAUGGCGUCCUGCCGGCCAGCCUUUCCUACGACAACGUCACGCUGGCCCUGUCGCAGGACGACCUGCAGUCCUUCACGAACCAGAUCGAGGCCGGCACCGCUCUGCAUAACAACGGGCAUACGACGACGGGAGGCGUACAGGAUGACCUGUGGGGCAGCGCCCAGGAUCCCGUGUUCCAUUUCCAUCAUGCGCAGGUGGAUCGCGUGUGGACCAUCUGGCAGGGCUUGAACCAGACUGUCCGGACGCUGGAGAUCGCUGAUACCAUGACCAUUAAAGAUUGUAGGUUGCAUUGCCCCCCGACUCUCGCUUAG